AUGUUCCACUCCUUCGAAGUGACCAAACUGUGCGACCACGAAAGUGUUAGCAGUCACCUAAUAACGAUCGGGUCGUUCAACAUUCUCUGCGAUUUGCCGUUGAACCCAAGGGAAAUUCUGAAUUUUAAGAAAAGCACAAUAAGCUGCAAUAAUGUGGAUGAAGAGAAGUCGCAGGGGGGGAAGCCACCGGGAGAGAAGUCACCUGGGGAGAAGCCACCGGGGGAGAAGUGCAUACGGAUAACGAACCUGGAGACGGAGGCCCUAUCGAAUAAGUUAUUGCUAAACAUAAGCAGCGUGCCGAUAAAGAUUCACAUCAUUUUAAUUUCCUGCAGUGAAUGUUUCAUGGGGUUACCAAUAUUCUGCAAAUAUUUCGACGUGUCAGAUACGCAAAUAGUUUGCACAAAAUUGACCUUCACCUUUGCUUUAAGCGCAGUCGAGAAUUUACAGACGAAGGAAAGUUAUUUACCGCCCUGGGAUGAAGAAGAUGCUCGGAGAGAGCGGUUUAGCAAAGAGGAGGUUAGCGAAGGGAAGCCUAGCGAGGAGAAGCCUAGCAAAGAGAGUUUCAGCAAAGACAGCUUCAACAAAGGGAGCUUCACCAAAGAGAGCUUCACCAAAGAGUGCUUCACCGCAGAUGAAUAUUUCAAUUUAAAACUAAGCUUCAGGAAUUCCCUACAUUUAUUAUCAUACAGGGAAAAGAUAAGCUUCCAGCAAAAUGACGAAGUCAUUUGCAUUACCCCCUACAGCAGCGGGUACUCCUUGGGCAGCUGCAACUUUGUUGUUAAGACGGACCUUAUGAAUUUAUGCAUUAUUAACAAAAGCUGCUAUAAUGUUAAAAGGCACCCCUCUCCGCUUGAUUUGGCAUGCCUGGAAAAGGCAGACUUUGUUCUUUUUACCGCAUAUGUGAAGGGGGGUGCGAGCACGGAGGGCCCGUCCCAGAGGGGGAGCGCGCCAGGCGGAAGCGUUCCCGGUGGAGGUCCUCCCAGCGGAGGAAGCCCAAAUAGAAGCCCCCCAAACGGAAGUCCCCCAAAUAGAAGUCCUCCAAAUGGAAGUCCCCCAAACGGGAGCCCCCCAAACAGAAGCCCCUCAAACGGAUGCCCCCCCAGCGAGCACACCCGGGAGAAAAUAAACAUGUGCGUCGAAAAGACCUACAAAGAUAGCCUAAACAAGAUAUGCUCUAUCGUCCUGCGGACGAUCAAAAGCAAGGGGUGCGUGCUCAUCCCAGUGGACCUGCACUUCCUGUACUUCCUCGAGUUGAUCGAGUUGAUAGGCGUAGUCAUCAGCAAAUAUCUAGCCAAAGAAGAACAAGUGCUCAUCUUUACCAUAAUAGGAAACAUCAGCAAUGUGAUUCACCAAGCAGAUUUGUGUGCCGAAUGGGUAGAAGAAUCGAGAAAAAAAAAAUGCAGCAAAGUCUCCAAUCCACAGGGACCUUUUUCCAUUGAAAUUAUGAUCAAAAAUAAUCGACUCAUUACAGGAAAUGAUAUAAAUGAUAUAGCCAAAUGGUUUAGGUACCCAUGUGUAUGUUUUGUGCAAGAUUCAUCUUUGCGAUUUUUUGAAUCUUCCACUUUGUUAGAAAAGUGGGCCAUGGAGGAGAACAAUUCUCUUCUGCUGAUUGAUCCAUACUACGACCCUGUAUCUGUGUUGGCUCCCUUCCACAUUUACCUUAAAAAAAUAAAUGUCUUUUUUUGCCCCAUUUCUUGGGAUCUAAAUGAGUCCGACAUUUGGGAAAUUAUAAACACCAAUGUGAAUAAGAAAUGUGUGUAUUUGCUCCCCCACCGGUUGGGGGAGGGGGGCAGUUCACCGAGGAUAGGCACCCAAGUGGAAACGACACAUGUAAAUAAAAGAAGCGGCCAAGUGGAAACGGCACAUGUAGGCCAAGCAAGCAGCUACCACGUUGGAGAAAAUAACGGGGAAGAGGAAAGUUACAAUAAAAGAGGGAGCAUCCCUCCAUAUGGAAGUUACCCAACUGGAAGCCCAUAUGGAAGUUACCCAACUGGAAGCCCAUAUGGAAGUUACCCAACUGGAAGCCCAUAUGGAGAUGUGAACCCAAAUGGAAACCCAUGUGGAAAUGUAAACCCAAAUGACAUCAUCUACAUCUACCCACUACGCACACGGGAAAUUAUUUAUGACACAUUUUCCCAGGUGGGUAAAAACAUGCACCCAGUUCCCUUCACUGUCGACGGCACAAAUAAUUUGGAAAAAAUUUUAACAAAGAUAGAUAACCUCCACUGCGCGAAGGUCAGAUGCUCAUACAAUAGCACACUCUUCGGGGAUUACAUAAAAGAAGGCCAAAUGGAAAUGUGCAAAUCAGCCUCACAAAGCAUAGAGGUAGAUAAUAAAAAAACAGAUGAUGAAUGGAUGAGCGAAAAGGGAGUGAAUCUCAUGUUUGGGUCCAUACGCGAAGAAGAUUUUGUUGAGAAAUUACUCCAGUUUGGCUACAACAAAAACGAUUUAGUAGUAAACCAUUCAGGGGGAAGUACCCCCGAUGAGCAGACUGAAAAAUACUUGUGGAGCAUCACCAUCAAUUCAAUUAACUCCAAGGUAGUAUGCUACACAAGGUACGACAUCGAGGUAGUCAGCAGCCAUGCGAAGCUGCGUCAACAGGUUAAGGAGAUUCUCCAGAGAAUCACAACCACGCUAUGA